CCUCCUGGCCUGCCCACGUGCUUCCCCGACCCGGAAGUGCCCGGUGCCCACGUGGUGGGCAAGGAAGAUGCCGGAGCCGGCGCUGAAAAUCAACGCGGGCUUCGCGGCCCGCUACGGGCGCUACCGGCGGCGGGAGGAGCUGCAGCGCCUGCAGGAUCGCUAUGGGGCCGACGAGGAGUCCAGCUCGGAGUCGGAGGAAAGUGGGGACGACGUGGAGCUGGACCCCCUGCAAGACCGAGAUUUCUACCGCACUCUGGCCCUGCUGAAAACCAAGGACCCCAGGAUCUACCAGCAAGACACCACCUUCUACAGCCAAGCAGAUUCUUUGUCAGAAAGCGGGAGGGAGGCAGCAGCUCCGAAGAGGAAGGAGAAACCCAUGUACCUGAAGGAUUACGAGAGGAAGGUGAUCCUGGAGAAGGAAGGCAAAUACGAGGAGGAUGAGGAGGACGAGGAAGCAGCAGCUGAAAGACAGAAGAGAGCCGCCUCCCAGAGCUACGUUGAGGAGCAGAAGCGAAUCAAGGAGAGCUUCCGGCCGUUCGUGGCAGACAGCGACGGGGAGGAGAGCGCGGGGGAGGGCGGCUCGGCCCUGCUGCAGAAACGGAUCAAGAGCCCGGAGGAGAAGGCGCGAGAGGAGGAGGGUUAUGUCAGCUGGCUCAAAGGGCAGGAUUCGCCCCCGGACCAGCAGCUCGAGGACUUGGCCCCGCUGAAGGAGUAUUGGAGCGACCCCACGCUGGAGCCCGGGGAGCGCUUCCUACGCGACUACAUCCUGAACAAGGGCUACCGGGAGGAGGACGAGGAGGACGAGGAGGAGGAGGAGGGAAGGGACCCCGGGGCCGUGGCGCCGCUGCGGCUGGAGGACUCCUCGGACGAGGGGGAGCUCUUCCUCAAGAAGCAGGAGGAGUUUGAGCGCAAGUACAACUUUCGCUUUGAGGAGCCUGAUGCGCAGCUGGUGAGGACCUAUCCGCGGACCAUCGCCAGCUCGGUGCGCAGGAAGGACGAGCGGCGCAAGGAGAAGCGUGAGGAGAUCAGGGAGAGGAAGAGGAAGGAGAAGGCCCGGAAGCAGGAGGAGUUGAAGCAGCUGAAGAACCUGAAGCGCCAGGAGAUCCUGGCCAAGCUGGAGAAGCUGCGGGAGGCGACGGGCAACGCGACCGUGGGCUUCGGGGAGCAGGAGCUGGAGGGGGCCUUCGACCCGGCCGAACACGACCGGCUCAUGCAGAAAUUCUUUGGGGCCGAGUAUUAUGGGGAGGCUGAGGAGGAGAAGCCGCAGUUCCAGGAGGAGGAGGGUGUGGAUGACGGCUGGAACUGGGACACCUGGAGCGGCCGGGCCGCGGAGGGGGGCGAGUGGCCGGAGGACGAGGGGAGCUACGAGCCGCACUGCGAGGACCCCGACUUCGUCAUGGAUGCGGAUUACGACCCCCGCGGGCGGCCAGACCCCCCCCGGCAGCGGCAGCAGGAGGCGCCGAGGCUGCUGGGGAAGAGGAAGCGCAAGACGCGGUUCACGGAGGCCGUGGAGCGGGAGAAGCCCCCGUUCGACCCUGAGGAGGGCUCCUUCGAGCAAUACCUGGACGAGUAUUAUCGGCUGGACUAUGAGGACCUGAUCGACGACCUGCCCUGUCGCUUCCGGUACCGCGCCGUGGUGCCCUGCGACUUCGGCCUCAGCACCGACGAGAUCCUGGCCGCUGACGACAAGGAGCUAAACCGCUGGUGCUCGCUGCGCAAGACCUGCAUGUACAGGUCGGAGAAGGAGGAGCUCCAGGACAAGGCCGCCUACACCCGCAAGGCGCAGAACACCAGCAAGAAGCAGCAGGUCCUAAAGUCCCUCUCAGCCGCCGCGGAGGCGGCCGGCAGGGACGAGACACGGCCCAGGCUGGGAAAGAAGCACCAGGACAAGGCGAAGGAGCAGGAGCCGCACGGCGCCGGCCUGGCUGAGUGCCAGGAGGACGAGGGGCCCUCGGUGCCCAUGGCAGGGGCCCUCAGCCCCACCCUGCCCCCUGCUGGGCAGCCUGGGGGCCCGGCGGGGAAGGCCUCCCCUGGGCCCAAGGCAGGGCCGCGGCCGAGGCGGCGGGGGCGGAAGGGGCUGCUGCUGGGUGCCAAGGUGCGGGUGGGCGGGCGGGAGUUCAGCGGGCACAGGCUCCAGGCCUACGGGCUCAACCCGCGCCGCCUGCGCCACCGCCAGCUCCAGCGCCGAAGCAGGAAGCGGCCGGCGCAACAGACUCAGCGGCCCAAGGGGCCCCUGGGCAAAGCCCCCCGGGCCUGAGCCCCAGGCCUACCCUGGAACUGAGGGUGGGGUGGCAACUUCCCCCCCAGGGCCAGGUUUACCGCGCCCCUCGCCAGCAGCUGGGGUCACUGUCCCUACCCCUUCCUGCCAGCUGCGGACAGAGGCGGCGCUGCUCGAAGCCCGGACGCCUGGGUCCAGUUCUGGCUCAGUGCCUCAGUUUCCCCUGCUGGAGCUGGUGCUCAGUGUUUGGUUGCAGAGAGCGGAGCAGGGCCCGUUUCUCCUCCAGCCCCGCUGGGCGUUGUUCCCUUGUUUACAGAUUCUGAAAUAAACCUCGACCCGGUGCUCCGGCUCAGAGAGCAGCUUUCCUCUCGGGCCGGCCCGUGCCAGCUGCGGCUCCCCCGGAAACUCUGCUGCUUACCGUAAAAUGGGCCUGUUCCCGCAGCCCGGGGUGGGCCGGGUCGGGCGAGCAGCUGUCCCCCCUCCCCCCGCAGAGCAGGGGCGGCCUUAGCCCUGGCAGCCGGUGUCCUCGGGGGACCCGCUAAUGCCACGUGGAGCCGAGUCUCCAGCGCCGGCUCCAGGCGGCGCAAACUGAGCCAAAGCCGGUUUUUCUGGUGCAGAAUUGCC